GGACUGAAGGCUAGCUGCUGGGUAGACUGGGUGUGUAAGGCCAUCUACUGGAGGGAUCCACAUUGCACAUACAUACACGUGCUUCCCACCAACGGACCUAUUUCUUGCGCAGCCAGAGAGGGGAACAAGAUGAGGAUGUUGGUGCUUGGGCCUACGAUUUGAGGUUGUUCCAUCCUGGUUUAAGGAGACACUUGAAAAGUCGUCUUUUGCAGCCCCUUAUGAGUAUGCCAUAGAAACAGCAAAACAGAAAGCUCUUGAGGUAGCAAACAGAAUGCAUGUGAAACACCUUAGAACUCCCGAUAUUGUUAUAGGAGCAGACACUAUUGUGACUGUGGGUGAGCAGAUCCUGGAGAAACCAGUUGAUAAGCAAGAUGCAUAUAGGAUGCUAUCAAGGUUGAGUGGGAAAGAGCACAGUGUUUUCACAGGAGUGGCAAUUAUACAUUGCAGCAGUAAAGAUAAUCAGCUGGAGACAGAAGUCACUGAUUUCUACGAAGAGACUAAAGUGAAAUUUUCUGACCUGUCUGAAGAGCUUUUGUGGGAAUACAUACAUAGUGGGGAGCCAAUGGACAAAGCCGGUGGAUACGGAAUCCAGGCCCUCGGUGGAAUGUUAGUUGAGUAUGUCCACGGAGACUUUUUGAAUGUGGUGGGAUUUCCUCUGAAUCACUUCUGCAAAAAGCUAGUAGAGUUGUACUGUCCGCCCCCUAAACAUAGCAUACACCAUAUAAAGCAUGACUCUAUCCCUUCUGUGGACACUUUUGAGAACCUAAGUGAUGGAGAAAGUGAAUCCUCAAAUUCUGCAGCGCAUAAAGGUGCUAACAAGUUGGACAGUAGUAGGACACAUCCUUCAGGACCUGUUUGCAAUUCAGAAGACAGUUACCAUGUCAAAACUGCUUUUAUGGUGCCUUUGGAAAAUCAGAAUGGAGUAUUGGAAAACGCAGCAAAAUUCCCAUCUACAAUUCUAGAGCUGAUGGAUGGUUUUAGAGCUUCAAAGGCUCUGUUUGUAGCCUCUAAGCUGAAGGUGUUUGAUCAUCUGAAAGAUAAAGGUGCACUGAAUGCUGUGGAUGUUGCAAAUGAGAUUGGAGCUUCCCUGUGUGGAACAGAAAGACUCCUUGAUGCAUGUGCUGCACUUGGAUUACUGGAGAAACCACCUCAGGGUUACAGUAAUACAGAUGCAGCAAGUAUCUAUCUGACCUCAGAUGGUAAAUACUCACUUCAUGGCUACAUUAUCCACUCUAAUGACCACCUUUGGCCUCUCUUUACAAACCUGGAAUCUGCUGUCAAAGAAGGAACCAGGCAGAACCAUCGAGCCUUUGGAAAGAAAACAGAGGAUUUAUUUAAGGACUAUUACCACAGCCAGGAGGUGAAGCAGCGUUUUAUGGCUGCCAUGCACAGCGUUGCCCACCUGACAGCAAGAGAUGUGGCUACAGCAUUUGAUCUUUCACAGUUUAAGUCUGCGUGUGAUUUAGGAGGUUGCACUGGAGCUCUGGCUUAUGAAUUAGUACAAAUAUACCCAAAUCUGAAGGUCACUGUAUUUGACCUUCCAGAAGUCAUUGCAAAUGCCUCUUAUUUUCAGCCUUCAGGUCCAUGCACAGCUCCAGUGACGUUUGUAUCAGGUGACUUCUUCAAGGACACUCUUCCAGAAGUAGAUCUUUACAUUCUUUCACGCAUCCUUCAUGAUUGGCCUGAUGAAAAGGUUCAUACACUAUUGAGCAAAAUAUCAGCUGUUUGCAAACCAGGAAGUGCCUUGCUAGUGGCAGAAAUUGUGCUUGAUGAACAGAAGAUGCAUCCUCUUAGAGCUGUACUGCAGUCCCUCAGUAUGACUGAAGGCAAGCAGAGAAGUGGCUCAGAAUAUAAACAACUACUGGAGAAAUACGGAUUCAUGAAUGUACAAAUUAAGAUCACAGGAAACUUACUAGAUGCUGUUUUGUGCUUCAGGAAGAGUCAGUCACCUUAAUGUGCACAGAAAGAACCUGGGACACUGAGCUUUUAUAACACUUGUAUAAUAUACUUAUCAACCAGCAUAUACUGUCAGUUGCCUAGGAUCAUUUUUGACCUUUACCUGUCGUAGCAGCAUAGAUACUACAGGUUUUGGAAAAAGGUUUGACUGCAGCUUGGGUAGGGAUGAGUUCUACCCCUCAAAGUGUCUGGGGCAGCCUGGAACUCGAUAUGUUACGUACCUUCAUAUCCAGUUCUCUUUGCUCGUUCUGCAGGCUAUACAAAGGUUAGAGUUGACAGAGCUGUAUAGCGUGGUAAGUUCAAACUGCUAGUCUACAUAAGCUGCAUUCAUACCUUAAUUUUAGUAGACUCCAACAAAUUAUAGAGAAUUCUCCCUAUGCAAUAUAUUCAGUGGCUACUGCUUGUUUUAUUAGAAAUGAAAAAAUAAAAGUGAACACUGUAUGUAUCAGUUUGGGGUUGGUCCUUCUUCACUUUUCUGUGGGACUUUGCUCAGAAGCACUCAAGUAUACCUUUCUUUCAGCAUGUUUUUCCUCAGGUAAUAGUAAAAAUAGGACAAAGCUAGAAUUAGAAACACUGGAGCUCCUAGAGCAACUGUAAAGUCACAAACCUCAGCAGUCUUUGACUUCCAGUCAGCACAUUUACAACAGUCUCUAGCUGAGAGCUGUUCCUCUCUGUUCCUUAGUUUCAGGCUUUUCUGGUUAUGGUUAAAUAGCUUUGUUUUCUGUCUCAUUUGAGAAUUAAGAUCAUUGUAAAAGUUCUCUUGUGAAAGCUGCAUAUAGAAAUAGUAGUUUCUUCAUGUUUCAGUUUGUGACUGGAGAAGUAAGCCCAUACUGUGUAUCUUGUUUCUUCAACUGAUUUGUCAUUGAUGUCACCAUUCCUAACUUUUCUUUUCGUGAUACUAUAUUAAUAUUUAUUUUUCUAUUUAAAAUGUACUUUGUAGUAGAAUCCUUCCUGGAGAUUAAAGCUGCACUCUAAAACUAGCUUUUACCUUAGCAGUUGUGAGUUUCUUGCCUGCCACAUCCUUCUGUAGGAAUAACUGUAAUGAGCCAGUGUGAAAGAAGCAGUGUCUAUGCUGAGUUGCUGACCUCAGCAAUUUAAGGGGGUUGAUGAGCAAGGUCAAGAGUUACUCACAUCUGUCUAUCACACUCCAUCUUAGGUUAUUUAAUCAGUGAAGUUACUUUGCUCUUUGAGCACUGAAUAAGGCAAAAGUACCAUAAUGAGAAACAUGCUUACUACAGAGUUUCAGCUGCACAAAAUCAAGGAAACAUCAGACUUCCCAGCAAGGCCAAAUUCCAUUAAUAACAAGCUUCUGUUAGGGAUUUUUAAAAAUUAAUUCUUAUCUAAUCUGUACAAAUGUUAUCUGGAGGUAUAAGUCACUCUCCAAGGAAAAUAUCCAGCUACUGAAUAAACCUAAAGUAAGCUUUUGGCUUUUUUUUUGUGUUUACAUGAUGUCUGCCAUUAUGUUUAACUUGUAUUUUGAGAGAGUCAUUUCAGCCGUUAGAUAUCUCAUUCCAUAAAAUUACUCAUAAACUUCAUAAUGCUGUUCUUUAUGCAGCUGGAAGCUGUUUGAGUCAGAGCAUUGUGGUUUCAAACCUGGCAUACCUGGAAUGGUUGCAGACUUAAAACCUGUGUCUCUAGGUACUAAGUAUUCACUGACUCUAAAAUUUGAAUAGAACAUGCUUGGCUACCAUACAAACUCAGUGUACUCUGAUUGAAGCACAACAUCUUAUACUUUAGUCCCUUGGGUGUGGCAUCCGCAGUAAUGCACCACAGCUUUGCUAGGUUUUAACACAAAGGAAAUGUUCUCAAGGUGUGAAUAUGAAAAAGCUGUUUGUUGAAAUAAAAUGCCGUUAUACUAGAGAGGUCCAGCUUCAUUUUGUCAAUUAACUUUGACUGUGCUACAAAGGAGGCUAAUAUUUGUAGGCAAAUCCGCUUUGCUGAACAGCGGAUGACGUCUGCCUUCUUAGACAUCUCCAAACACUGUUACAAGUUUAUUAACUGCUGACAGGAAAAUGGAGCAGGGUCUUUUAGAGAGGGGAAAGAAACGAGGUGUUUUGUUUUUUUUUAACCUCCCACUUUGCCUGCAUCUUCCACACCCGUGACUUCAACUUGUUGAAGUCCAUGACAUUAUGGAGUGUAAAGGGAUUCAGGGCUGGCUCUCCAGAAAGCAUUUAGAAGGAAGGUGUGAGACCCUCAUACUUGAGCAAGUCCAGUGGAAGCCGUCAAGAUGGCCAUGGGGCUGGAGCACGUAGCUUGUGAGGAGAAGCUUGAGGGAACUCGGCUUCUUCAGUCUAGAGAAGAGAAGGCUUUGGAGGGAUCUUUCAGUACCUAAGAGACUUACCAAAAAAGACAGAACCAGGCUGGCUCUUUAUUGUGCAUGGUAACAGAAUGAGAAACAGUGGGCAUAAACUGAAACAAGUACUGGGUAUUAGGAGAAAGAAAUCAUUCUCAGGAUAAUCGACCGCUAGAUCAGGUUGUUCAAAGAGUUCAUGGUAUCUCUGUCCUUGGAGGUUUCAAGCCCAGAGAAUGAAGCCCUGGGCAACCUGAUCUGACCUUAGAGCUGACCUUGCUGUGAGCAGGAGGUUUGACGAGGGACUUCCCAAGGUCCUGUCCAAUCUAAAUUAUUCUGUGAUCAUUUUGAAUAUCCCAGAUAACCAGUUUAUCAUUUCUCAGGCAACUAUCAUUAAUGUUCAAACUUGGUUCUUCAGUUUCCUUUGAGAAAGCUGGUGUGUUUUCCUGACUUUUAAAGGGGUGGAUUUAAUAGUAUUAUUGCACUGAAAAGACUUCUUGAGCAGUGGGCAUAGCUGAGGAAAAUUUGGGGCUGCUCAGUAAUCAAGACAUGACACAAAUCUUAAAUGAGGGAGUAUAUUUUAAAAUCCUAACUUAACUCUUGCCAGUAAAGCCUGUAAGUUUUCUGGGGUUCUUGGGAAGUGAUAUUCAGGUAUGCCUGCUUGAAAAAAGCUGUCUUUUAACCUAUGCUCUGCCUUACAAUGUGGGGAAAUCAAUUAAUCCUUGACCAGGAAACCAGGCCUGAGUGAAAUAAUGAAGAGGAGGUAGAGAAUUGUGGGGGUUAAAAGAAUGAUAGGUAAAAUAAGAGGAACCAGAACUCUGUCAGUUGCUCACUGAAUGCUGAGGUGAGUAAGAAUCCUCAAGGAGGAUGAAUGGAGAAGCCUAUAAGACAGAAGAGACAAAACUUAGCUGAUUGUCUUACCUCAGUAAUUUGUUUUAUGUCAGUUUUCUGCCUCACCUGAGCUACUCAGCACAGAAGCUUAGGAAGAGCUAUUUAAUGACUAAACCCUUUUUGUGAGCUCUCAGUUCAGUUUUGGAUGUUAGCUGACUGCUGGAUAACAGAGGGAUUGUUAUGUGUUUUUAAAAAAAAAAAAAAAAUUGUUUCCAGACAGCUGUCACUUUACAUGGUUUUCCCUACCUUUUGGCUGGAAAUUUAAUGUUCUUGCUAAGCCUUGAUACUCUGGAUUAAAUGACUUUUUAAUUCAGAAAAAUUGUCACGAGUAACUUUGACUUCCUAUAAAACUGUGGCCAAAAUUUCUUCACCAGAGUAUGCUUCCUGGAAGGGCUGGAAGUCCUUCUGCUUUAGUCCUCCUCAUGAAGAGAUUUCAGUGACAUGAGAAAAUCUUAAACAUUUCUCUACAGUUAAUUUUCUUCCCUAUGCUAAUUUAUCUUACUGAGUUUUAACUUUAGAAGCUGUUCUUCCUGGAUUGGCUGUGCUUCCUGGGAGUAUUUUUGCUAGAUUAUGCUGUUGUUAUCUAGAUGUCGCAAAUAACUUCCUGUGACAGAUUAAAGUGACCAUUAUUUUGUGCUUUCCUUUCAGAGUGUUCAAAGUUCAGACACCCUCUUCCAGACCUGUAAUAUAAAACUGUCUGAGUGACUUAGAAAGGAUAGUCCUGCAUUAGUCUACCUGGGAAUGUUUUCUGUGUAAUCAGUUCAAUCUGUUAAAGGCAAAGCAGUAUCAUAGAGAAAGGGAAUAGAAACUAUACUGUGUAAUAACAAAUUGGAUUUAUCAUCCCAGCUUUAGAAACCUAAGCAUCAGGUAUUUAAGUCGUCUAGUCACCUUGAGCUCCUUCCGUCAGUAGAAGAAUAGGCAUUUUCAGAGGAUGUUUCAUGUCACUUAUGUGAUUAUUGUAAGAUGACUGAAUUGCCUUCUGGGGAUGCUGGUUUCUUUUCAUGUACUCAGAUGGUAUUUAAAAAGGGGCUAGCUGAAAUACAGCUAUCUAAUUUUUGGAUGCCUGAAUUUGGGCAGAAGAAUCCCACUGGAGAGAGACUGUAUGUUCAGGUUCACCUCAAACAUGAUUGGCUACUUUUUCUUUGUAAAACAUGUUUGUGUUGUUGAUUCAUUAUGGAAUGAGUGGUUUCUACUUACCUCUAGUAAGAUAGCUGAUGAUAGGGGGAUGAAGCAGGGAAUUGGCUAAUAAUAAGAUGUCAGAAGAACUCGCAUGACUCUCGAUCAUUACACUGAGGUCUUAGCGUUUCUUAUCCUCAGAUCUCAAUUUAUUCUCUGAAAGACUGCAGUGUUAUGUUUAAUUUUACUUUUUACUGAGCACUAGAUGUGUGAGGUGGGCUGGUAAGAGUGGCUCGGAGGGGAUUGUCCUAAGGGUUAGAACAAAGAUGAUAAUGUUGUGCAGUGCAAAAAGUGCUUCAGAAACAGAUCUGUUUUGCACUGCAUUGGUGGCCUCCUACCUCCGCUAUGCUGUCAGAGAGAAACUAUCACAUAAGAUGUAGGGCCAAAAGAUAAGAAGUAAAAUGAUGCUUAUUUUGUCAGUAGUCUCCCUCGCUCUUGUCUUUGCUUUCCCCUCAUGGGUGUGAAGAUUAAGGAAGAAAGAGGUUGUGUGAAAACAGAAUCACCUGAAUUCUUUUCUCAUACCUAGAUCUCUCCCACCACAAAGACCGCAGCCCCCACAGAAAUAAUGUUUCCACAUUGGCUGCUCCUCUGCUUCUGUAAUGCUUGCCAUCAGGGAUCUCUCCACCACUUUGUCUCUGUGGCACAAUUGCAAUAUAAAUGUGAAGCAGUAUUAUAUUCUAAAGAAAUAGCACUGCUAUUCCUACUGUACUUUUUUCCAUAACUCUCAUAGCCAAGUGCAAAGAAGUAGUUUCCUCUUCUGGAAACAGAGCCAUAUAUUAACUUGUGAGGGUUUGAUCCCUCGAUAUUGUGAAAGGAAAUUUCCUGGUUUGUUUUUUCAAUUUCUAAUAAUAGUGGAUUAUACAGUACUUUUAACUUUAACUAAGGGCAAAUCAGUAAAUGAGAAACGAAAUCACUGUUGUAUUGUAGCUUGCACCUUUCUGUAUGGUAAAUGAGAUUCUCUCUUGUCUGAUAAUGGACUAGUACUGUUGCGUGCGUUUGUUUUCA